AUGGAGGUUCCACCCGAGGAAACUCCUUCAACUCACACCACACGCGCUUCGAAACCGUUCUGUUUGAACAAUCUAGCGACCCCAAUAUAUAAAAUCAUUACAAAAAAAGUUACAACAACAUAUCAAGAAGUUGCCGACAUAUUCGUCGCUACGCUUGAUAAGGAUACGCUCGAAGAGAGCAAAGACAAAACUCUACGCCGUCGAGUUUACGAUGUGAUAAAUGUCCUCAUUGCAGCAGAUUUGCUCGAAAAGAAUAACAAGCAAAUUCAUUUAACGAAUAGAACACCAAUAGUUAAACCACAAGAGGUCAUCGCUCCACCUAAUCCAGGCAGAGAAGAAGCAUUACGCAAAAAGCAACUUGAAUUAGCCGAGAAAAUUAAGAUGCUUAUUUACUAUAAAUAUCUCAUUGAGAGGAACAGAUUACACAUGAGACCUCAAGUUAACAUCCAAUUCCCCUCAAUUGUGAUCGGAUACAGAGAUAUUUCUCGUGGCACAAUUUUCCGCUCUUUGGAUGGCCAUGAGCUUAAAAUUAAGUCUGUAGCACCUCCUCUCUUCUUCAGCCCUAUUGAUAUCUUCAGACGCCUGAAAAUCAGCAAAGAAGAAUUUGCUCGCCAAUUAAGACAAUUCCCGAUGUUUGCUCCAUACGAAAGCAUUGUUAUGGCUUCUUUAUGA